GUAAGAAUUAAAAGAAAAUGAGAGAAUAAAAAAUUUGCGUACGUAUGAACAUCUCGACACCCUCUCACUCUCCAAUAAAAUGACCUGCUCUUGUCUUUUUUUUUCAAUAGGCUAUUAGGCUCUCUCCAUCGCCUGCCAGCAUAGCUGUAGAGAUAAUUUCUUUUCUUUCUUCGUCUUCUUCUUCUCUUUCUUUCUUAACAAUCUCGUCUUCUCUUUUUUACAUAAUCUAAUCUUAUUUUGAAAGAGCAAAAAAAAAAUUCAACCGUAUACCAAGAAAAAAAAAAGAUAAAAGGGAAAAAAUGGUUAUGCAGUUACCUUAUCUGGGUUCUUCUUUGUUCUUGGUUUUGACUUUGGCUUCUGUUGUUGUUUAUGGGUCUGAAAAAAGGGUUCCAAUUCUGUCAUUUGAUGAAGGGUAUACUCAGUUGUUUGGAGAUGAUAAUCUAGUUAUUCAUAGAGAUGGUAAAGCUGUUCAAUUGUCUUUGAAUGAGAGAACAGGGUCUGGAUUUGUGUCACAAGACCUUUACUUGCAUGGUUACUUCAGUGCUUCAAUAAAGUUACCUUCUGAUUACACUGCUGGAGUUGUGGUUGCAUUCUAUAUGUCAAACGGUGAUAUAUUCCAGAAGAACCAUGAUGAAAUAGAUUUUGAGUUCUUGGGUAACAUUAGAGGCAAAGAUUGGAGGAUUCAGACCAAUGUUUAUGGCAAUGGAAGCACCAGUGUUGGCAGAGAAGAGAGAUACAAUCUUUGGUUCGAUCCUGCUGAUGAUUUCCAUCAGUACAGUGUUCUCUGGACUGAUUCUCAGAUUUUAUUUUAUGUAGACAAUAUCCCCAUUAGAGAGUUUAAGAGAAAUGCAGCUAUGGGUGGAGAUUUCCCCUCUAAGCCAAUGUCUUUGUAUGCUACAAUAUGGGAUGGGUCUGGUUGGGCUACUAAUGGUGGCAAAUAUAGAGUCAAUUACAAAUAUGCUCCUUAUGUAGCCAAAUUCUCUGACCUGAUCCUUCAUGGCUGCGCGGUUGAUCCCAUUGAAUUUUCAUCAAAGAGGUGUGACACCACCCAAAGCUUGGAAGAACUCUCUACCAACAUCACUCCAUCACAAAGAAUCAAGAUGGAUAGCUUUAGGAGGAAGCACAUGACAUACUCCUAUUGCUAUGACCAAACCAGAUACAAAGUUCCUCCUCCUGAGUGUGUGAUCAAUCCCCAAGAAGCCGAAAGGCUAAAAAAGUUUGAUCCAGUCACAUUCGGAGGAGGCAGGCGCCACCACGGGAAACGACACCACCGCAGCCGAGCUAUCCGGUCCGAAGCUGAUUCCAUCUAAUAAAAGAGACAUUGCUAGAAUCAUUUUGUUACAUGUUGGGCAUUGUAUUUCCUUUCCAUUCAGUUUGAUUUAGUUGGGGGUCAGGUUUGUGUAUAGAGGUGGGGGAGAGCACAGAUAUUUAUUAAGGGCGAUAGAGUUCUUAUAUGUUCCAUGAUGUGGGUAUGUGUAUAGUUCAUACCUUUUUAGGUUUUCCAAGUCAUUUUUAUCAUUGAUGUCUCUCUGGGUUUUACAGAUUGAAUUUGGUGAUGAUUUUCUGUACUUUCCUACACACCCUCAUGGGUUCAAUAAAGACAUUAGCAUGUAUGGAGUUUAUCCUAUUGUUUAGCCA